CGCGCAUGCGCAGAAGAGGCAGCGCAUAAUUUUGGCUGUAAUGGAUGAAGUGAAUUCUCUCUGAAUUAAGGGCCGUGGAGGGUUUUAUAUCCACGAACAUCGCCCAAUUUCUAGGUCUGGUCUCUUUCCAGAGCCGCUUAAGUGAACUGGAAUCAAUUUUAACACAUAAAUAUGUGAUCAUUUGCGAUGAAUAUGAAACUACAGAGAGUUUACACUGAACAUUAAAGCGAAUAUGUGAACAAGAAGCAAGCGGGUCAAGUUUUAUUUUCAGUUAUGUGGGACAAUAUCCCUACAGAGCGAGCUUUACUGGUUCAAAGCUCAGAAACCGUGUGCAAGGAGAGCUAAACAUCUGUUUAGGCUUUGAUAUCGAACAAGGAUAAACAAUCUAAAACAAGGACAUCCUGUAUUUUUCUUCUUUCUUUUUGUCUUUUCGAGGGACGCUAGCUUAGCUAAAGCUAGCCGAGAGGCGCGAGCGCAAUGCGCUGCUUGAGGCGCCCUGGAAACAAACGACCAGUGAUGGCAUCGUGAAAGACGCAUCGUUUAAAAAGCAUUUUUUGUUGUUAUUGUUGAAUUUGUACUCUCGGAUUGGAUAUAUCUGGACGCUGUUCAAAGACGCCACGGGACCGGGGAUGAGUUGUGGAUAACCUAUGCGCAUUAAAUCGCGUGCGCAUCUUUGUUUUGCUUCGAUCCGACUCUUUCGUCUGGCGAGAUUUCACACUUUUACCCAAUACUGAGCGAUUUCUGCUGUUCAUGUGCUGUCUUGACCACAUAGUUCCGCGUCUCCGGAGGACAGAGGUAUGCCUGGAUCAGACCGCCUGCAUGGGACCAAGAGGAAGGCUGAAUCGCUGUAUCAUCAGCAGCUGCAGGCGGCCGCCGAGGACGGUCAGCCUUUGCACGCGGGCCCCGGUCGGCAUCCCACCAAAACGACGAGCUCGUCCACUUCUUCCAAGCACAAGCGAAACAAGUCCAAACACGAGGCCGAAACCGGCUCCGUGUGCGCUACCGCCGCGCCGCCAGCAGUGGGCGCCAUCAAGCCUCUGGUGGAGUACGACGACAUCAGCUCCGACUCGGACACGUUCCUGGACUCCCCCGCCACCGGGAAACCGGCGAGGAGCGGAGACGCCGAACGCCUAGAGCUGCCGGACUACGGCGAGGCGGGGGUUACCAAAGAGAACAGGGCUCACAAACGCAAGCGCUCCCGCAAGAAGUCCAAAGACCCGAAUAAGGCCAGGGAUUCUGCAGAGAGGACUGAAAGCGGAAAGAAAAGCAGCAAGGACCGGGAGCGAGUGAGCAAAGAGAGCCGGAAAAAGGUCAAGGAGAAGUCAAGCCCAGUCGCGUGCCUUGCGUCUACCUCCAGACGCUCCGGUGAGUCCGCUGCUAAGAGGGCCGGUGACUCGGUCUCAUCAGGUGCGGUGCAGUCCGCGGUCAGUCUCGGGAGCAGCGCCUCCUCUGCGUCCUCCUCCAUCAGCAAGGAAAGUGUCCGCUCAUCAAAGCCUCGGAAAGACAAGCGGAGGAGCGAGGAGUAUGAGGAGGACCGCAGUCAUCGGAAAGCCGCCAAGAGCCACAAGUCGAGCCCUAAAGGAAAGGGCCAGUCCAGAAGAAGUGGAGCGGACAGUCCUUCCACUGCGGAGCACGAGAACAGCUAUUCCUCCAGGCGCAGGGCCGCGAGCCCGAGCCCGUACAGGGAGCCGCCCAGGCGGAGCAGACAGCGGUCUGAGAGCCCCUAUGGAAGGAGGAGGUCUUCUAGCGCUGAGAAGGAUGGAAGUCCGUAUGUAACCAGAAAACUCUCACCUGGAAGUCCCUACGGCAACCGACGCUCAUCCAGCACCAGUCCAGUGUCCAGGCCUUCUCUGCGUUCCCGGAGCCGUUCUCCUCACUACUCCUCUCGCCGCUCCUCUUCCCGUUCUCGCACUAAGAAACAUUCUUUAUAUUCUGGAGGAUCCGGCGGAGGCUCCUCCCACAGCGCUCACCCAGGCAACCGCUCCCCUUCGUCUUCACAUUUGCCGAUCACGUCCAGCCUUGGAGCCGAGCUGACGCGAAAAAAGAAAGAGCGUCAGGCGGCCGCCGCCAAGAACUCGCCCUCGCUCCGCCUGAACACGUCCAAUGUGGCAAAUACACCGGUGAAAAUCACUGAGCCGCCACUAGAGACGGCCCCGCCCCCUGAGCCUCAGAGACCGCCCUCCCCACCUCCAGACAUUGUUACUGCGGAGGAGCCCGCUGUGGUUCCUCCACCCCCUCUCCCGUUAUCCAGUCCUCCUCCGCUACCUCUCUCGUCUCCUCCUCCUCUCCCGGCGCACUCUCCUCCUCCUCUUCCUCUCUCAUCCCCUCCUCCUCUUCCUCUAAACAGCCCUCCGCCAGCUCCUCCUCCCUCAGCGACUGUGACGCCGGUUUCUUCUCGCUCCAAAAGCCCCACACAGAAAUCUACACAAAGUCCCGCCCACAUGAUGAAGACAUCGACACUUCCACCUCUUCCCUUGCCGCCGGUUCUUCUGGGAGACUGCAGGGACAGUCCAAAGAAGAGCAAUCUUUCCCAUAGGUCAUCACGAAAGGACAGGGAGAGGGAGAAGGAGAAGGAGAAAGAAAAGGAAAGAGAGGGCAGGACACGCCUUCUCAGCGAGUUGCCCCUCCCUCCGAUACUUCCUGGAGGAGACCCCUCCCCCCCACAAUCCCCUGCUCGAGCCUCCCCACCGCUUCUGCAGACAUCCUUCAAGAAGAGACCAAAGAUCUGCUGUCCGAGAUAUGGAGAGAGGAAGCAGACUCAAACUGACUGGGGAAAGCGAUGUGUGGAUAAGUUUGACAUCAUCGGCAUCAUUGGAGAAGGAACCUACGGUCAGGUGUACAAGGCAAAAGACAAAGACACAGGAGAGCUGGUGGCAUUGAAGAAGGUUCGAUUAGAUAAUGAAAAGGAGGGUUUCCCCAUCACUGCCAUCAGAGAGAUCAAGAUCCUGAGACAACUGAACCAUCGCAGCGUUGUCAACAUGAAAGAGAUCGUCACCGAUAAACAAGACGCACUUGACUUUAAAAAGGACAAAGGUGCGUUUUACCUGGUGUUUGAGUACAUGGACCAUGACCUGAUGGGGCUGCUGGAAUCAGGACUGGUGUCUUUCUCCCACGAGCAUGUGCAGAGUUUCAUGCGUCAGCUGAUGGAGGGAUUAGAUUAUUGCCACAAGAAGAACUUUCUGCACAGAGACAUCAAGUGUUCCAAUAUCCUGCUAAACAACAGUGGUCAGAUCAAGCUAGCAGAUUUUGGUUUGGCUCGUCUCUAUAACUCUGAGGAAAGUCGACCAUACACUAAUAAGGUGAUCACUCUGUGGUACCGCCCACCUGAGCUGCUACUGGGGGAGGAGAGAUACUCGCCCGCUAUUGAUGUCUGGAGUUGCGGGUGUAUUUUGGGAGAACUCUUCACUAAGAAACCAAUUUUCCAGGCCAACCAAGAGCUUCUGCAGCUUGAGCUGAUCAGUCGUUUGUGUGGUAGUCCGUGCCCUGCUGCUUGGCCAGACGUAAUUAAGCUGCCGUACUUCAAUACCAUGAGACCCAAGAAACAGUACAGACGACGCUUACGAGAGGAAUUUUCCUUUCUGCCCACCUCUGCUCUUGACCUGCUGGACCACAUGUUGACGCUGGACCCCUCGAGACGCUGCACUGCUGAACAGGCCCUGGCCUGCCAAUUCCUGUGUGAUGUGGAGCCCAACAAGAUGCCGCCACCAGAUUUGCCUCAUUGGCAAGACUGUCAUGAGCUCUGGAGCAAGAAGCGGCGGAGGCAGAGGCAAAGCGGAGUGUCUGAGGAUAUCCCUGUUGCCAAAGUUACCCGAAAGGAAACCGCAGGAGCCUCCGCAGGGGAGAACAGCCGGCCGCCCCCGAGCCCACCCCCUCCUCCACCCCCAUCGGCCCAUCCUGCACCGGCGAACAUCACAGCCAUUGAGCUGGAAGGUCUGGGAGCCGCAGCGGAGCAGUUGAACCAGACUGAGCUGGCGGUGCUGCUGAACUUGCUCCAGGGCCAAUCAGACAAUCUGAGCAUCCCACAGAUGGCGGAGUACCUCCGCAGCUCCUCCUCUGAAGCCUCCACAUCAGUGCUGUCCCGCACCCCUGAACCUGACGCCGCACAGCAGCUUGAACUGCUCAGCCAGCUCUCCACCCUUAUCCAGUCCUCUAGUGUCCCGCAGCAGUCACAGGUCCCGCAGGAAGACCAGACCGGGCUGCUCGCGCUCCUGUUAGAGCAGCUGAUAAAGGCCCCGGAGCCAGGGGCGGAGCGGGCAGACGAAAGCAACGGAGUGCGGUCGGACGAGGGCACGGCGCGGGGCGGCUCCGCUUCCGUCGUGAGCGGCGAUCGCGAGGAUCCUGCAAAACACGCUCACGGUGUUACUUCAGACGUAGCGGCGACCCUUCUCCAGCUCAUCUCCCAGCAGGCCUCGGACCGCACACCCGCUCCUGCAGACCCGCGUCCCUCGUCUCCUCGGAGCGCCACCCCCCCUCCGGCCUCCCCGCCCGACGCUGCUACGGAAACUCAGUUCAGCCAGGACCAAGACCUGCGGUACACCCUGGGAGGAGCCGCUGGCCCUUCCUGAAACCUUGCUCUGAACUUUAUCUCUUGGUUGUCUUUUUUUUUUACUCGAUGUGCUUUACCCGUUAAACUUCCGUUGACUACUUAUUAAUGUGAUUCUUUCUUCCGUUAAAGGAAAAAGUGAAUGUUAAA